AGCAAUCCUUUUUUCAGUGCGAUCAUCCCUCCGUGUUUCCAAGCCUGGCAUGGUGCUUGAAGUUUCAGUUGGUGCUCAGGUCCUACAGCGUGAUGACCAACAAAGUGGUCAAACAGAGAGAACUCGACGAGUUGCCCGUGACCUCUUGGAGACACAUUCCCAUUUGUUUGAGCAUCUCCAGCGGCUGCAGCAGAACAACGACAACCAGCAUGACCAUGGUGUUGUGGGACGUGUUCCUCCAGCCGUUCGUUCUUGUGAGUUGUGCGGCCGCGCUAAGCAUCGUGUUCGUUGGGUGUACAGUACCUCCGGCAAAGGCAAGCGCAAACCUAGCGGUUCUUCGUGCUUUGCUUGCUGGAAAACCUGUGUGCGCCUCCUGCGUUGCAGUCGCAGCCCCAGGCUUUUGAGAGAGUCUGGUGCCAUUGGAGUUGUGAAGGAUCUGAGCUUGAAAGUCCAAAGAGACCUGGGAUCAGAGGAUGUUUGCACGUGUGCUUCGUGCCGUCCAACCAAGUGAUGGCUUUGACUUGGGGUUUCCACCAGGGGAGUCGGGUGGGAAAA